CCUUGAGUUCAGAUUAUUUCUGUCUGUUUCCACAGUCAAGAAUUAACUUGUGCACUCUCCACAUCACAAGUUUGAUCCCACCUAAAAUGAACUUCAGUACUUCAUAGCAUCACACCAUGGAUGUUGUUAACCUUGCCAGAUUUUACUUUUUGCCCAACGUCUUUGUCACACACAGUUAUGCGGAAGUCUUAUACCAGAUCGCAACACCAGUCUCUGCCAGUUGGCAUCGAAGUCCAACUCCAAACACGAGGAGGAUGACACCUUCUGUCAUCUUCUCUGCUCUUUCUGUUUGAUGUGUUAAACAGUUCAGUGAUUCUGAGAGCUUUAUGGCACCUUCAUGAUGACCAUUAUGAGGUUAGACAGCUUUUCAGUCAGGGCUAAAAAUCUGGCUAAUCACAAAAUAUUAGGUUUUCACUUUCAGCGUAUAUCACAGUGACAAAGACAGCAGAACAGUCAGGACUGAAGUGCUGCUGCAUGUGACAGUAGUUAACCGCACACUGCUAACACUGCAGCCUCAGUGGGUUUGCAUUACAUUGGAUUUUAUGUCCAGGUUCACCUUUUAUUAAUGUUUCGGUAACCUUUCUUUAAAUGUGUUUAGAUGGUUUUGGUGGUAAGUGACAUUAUAAUGAGGGGUGUUGCCUUUGUUCAUCGACGCCUCUGCAAAGAAACUUGAGAUGUGCGACUGUUCCGUUAGUAGCAUUAGGUGGAUUACAUUAAUCCCUAUAUAGAAAUGCGUUAUCCGACAUUUUAAAGCUUAAUCCCAAGUAUGUUUUAUGAAAUUCCCUUUGCAUGGCCUAUUGUUUGUCUAACCAUCACCUUGACUUCCUUGUAAAGCACGUGUGUGUCAGCAUAUGAUGCGCUUUACAGGUCACGUGGCUGCAGUCUCUGCAGUGCCGGUUUAUCAGCACUGGGUUUCCCCACGGACCCGCCAGUGUUUAGGCGGUCUCUGCUAACGACGCCAGCCUCGACCUCCCCCUCUCCUCUCCCCGUUAACGCCGCUCAGCAAGGUUAAAGAUGGCUCGGACAGCUUUGGUCGUCGUCCUGAUUUCAGUCGUGCUGUCCGGUGUGUGCGCCGGAGUGUUUUUUAACCAGAAGCAGCCGUGCUACGUCCGCACACCGAGGAGAAACGACUUCGGAGUUAAGACCGCUCCUCAACCUCACGAGUAUUUAAACAUUUCUGAUCUGCCAAAAUCAUGGGACUGGAGGAACAUAAAUGGCACCAACUAUGUGAGCACGACCCGCAACCAGCACAUUCCCCAGUACUGUGGCUCCUGCUGGGCCCAUGGCAGCACCAGCGCCAUGGCAGAUCGCAUCAACAUCAAGCGAAAAGGAGCGUGGCCAUCUGCCUAUCUGUCUGUCCAGCAUGUGAUCGACUGUGGUGAUGCCGGCAGUUGCCAUGGAGGGGAUCACACCGGAGUUUGGGAGUACGCUAACAAACACGGGAUCCCAGAUGAGACCUGCAACAACUACCAGGCUAAAGACCAGAAGUGCAAACCCUUCAACGAAUGCGGCACCUGCACCACCUUCGGUGUGUGCAAUAUUAUAAAGAACUACACCCUGUGGAAAGUGGGAGAUUUUGGAGACGUCAGCGGCAGGGAGAAGAUGAUGGCAGAGAUCUACGCCAGAGGACCGAUUAGCUGUGGGAUUAUGGCCACGGACAAGCUGGAUGCCUACACCGGAGGUCUCUACUCUGAAUAUCAGGAGUAUCCUUCCAUCAACCACAUCGUGUCAGUGGCAGGAUGGGGAGUGGAAAACAACGUUGAAUACUGGAUUGUACGCAACUCCUGGGGAGAGCCAUGGGGUGAGAAGGGCUGGCUCAGGAUCGUGACCAGCGCCUACAAGGGAGGAAGUGGAAGCCAAUACAACCUGGCGUUGGAGGAGGACUGCAUGUACGGAGACCCAAUUGUCCCCAAGGCCUACCUGUAGAGACCAGCACCCGCAGUGUCAGAGGUCGUCAUUGCACACUCGUUUUCACUCGUCUUCCUGUCUCGGGCAGAGGAAAACUUUUUAUAUGCAAAAUGUUGAAAAGGGAAUAAGAAUUUUUCUUUAGAGAUCUUUGCAAUUAUUUUUUACACUUGUAGUGCGGAUUCACAAUUCAGUGCCAAGGUCUUCCAGCUGGAUAUCAGACCUACUUGAAUUGAUGUAGAUUUUCUAGUUUUUAACCACAGUUAGGUCUGCAGGCUGUCUAACUGUCUGAAAUGUAUAAAUUGAGUGGGAGGAGUGAAACGCAUCAGUACAACUAAUUUCUGUGCUAUAGCAAAAUUCGAGCACUGCAUGCUGAAUAGCCAUUAUAGACACUAAAAAGAGGGCAGACAGCUUUUCAUAGUUUUGAUUCUUCAAUGCAUACGGACUCAGCCAAAGAACAGGGUUUAUAAUUUGUCCUGCACUGCUCCGACACUGAAUGUUUUCAGUGUGUGGUUGUAUUGUAUUGACAAUAUUGCGUUACACCCUGAAAGGAUUUGUACAUACAAACUGAAAAGAAUCAACUCUAAGUGUGCCUUGCAUAUACUUGCAGUCAAGUAUAGAUUUAUGUAAUUUGUUUGUUUUCACACUGAACAAUCUACAAAUCAGAAAUUCUGCAAGAAUUGCUACCUUUGUUUUAAACUUUGCCAAUAAACACAACACUUAAAGUGA